UCUUCGAAAUAAGCAAAUCGCUGCACGAAAACUUACUAUAAUUUAUAAGAAAGUCUUAAAAACGUUCUAAAUAAUGGAAAUAGCUAAGUUUUCAAAUCUAAACAGAGGUGCUCCAACGAAUACUGACGAUCUUACUCCUCAAAAACCUAGAUUGGGAAGAUUUUUAGAUAUUUAUUCUCCAGAACAUCUUAAUUUAACUCCAAAACCAAAAGACAAGCUUGCUUUCAAAAAAUUAACAAAUGAUAAUCCCAAUAUUCUUACACCAGAACCAUACAGCAACACAAAUGACAAAUGCAGGACUGUUAAGGUACAGCAUUUUAAAAAUGCCUGGAGAAAUCGGUCAUUUGAGGGCAAUCAAAGCUUUCCACGUUUGAAACAUAAAGUGAGACCUUUAAGAAUGGAUCUUGAAACGCCAAGUAAAGUGAAGCCUCCUGUUGAUUUAGUAAGAGUUGAUGGGCCGAAUGGAUUACGUUUUAAUACAACUUUGGCUGCCGGAGAUGCGGCAGGAGCACCAACACAGUCACAAACUGACCGUCUCCAGCAAUCCAUUAACCCUAGCAAAGCUGUCUUUACCAUAGAACCUAACACCUCUAAAAUACUAAUAGUAAAUAGCAAGGCAUGCUCGCUGCUUGGGUAUUCCUCAGGCGAACUCUGUGACCUACGCUUCUCGGACCUUCUGAGAAAGAGAAGCAGUAAAACUUUCAGCUUACAUGAGGCAGAAGACGGGGAUAUUUCUGAAGAUGGCACCAUUAUUUUACUUAGUGGAAAGGUAGUAGAACUUCUAUCAAAAAAUGGUGGAUCAGUACAGGUGUCUCUUUGGAUUAGACAAUUGGACAAUGAUGGUCCAUGUUUGGUUGUUGCAGAACCAGUCACAUGCAAAAAUGUUGUGCUAACAAUAGAUGCAGACACAGGUGUUAUAGUUUCGUGCGAAGGAGAUGACGCAGCUUUGUUGUUCCAAGCGGAGUCCCCGGAUAAGCUGAUAGGAUUACCCGUUGCGUCUCUCAUACCUUCGUUACAGCUACCUGCUUAUGAUGCGCCCAUACCGAAGAGUGUCUCCAAGCAGAAGGCUACAGGACGAACCUUAGACGGAUGUUCAUUUCCACUGUGCCUUUGGAUAUCCAAACAAAGCAACAUCGAGUCUGCACCGUGGACUUCUAUAAAGACUAACAAAGAUAAACCAGUGUUUACAGUAAAUGUCAGGGUAACUUACAACGUUAGCGGUCUUCUAGUAGUAGACGAGAGCGGUCUGAUAACCGCGUGCAACCAACACUUCGCAAUGCUGACGUUCGGCAAAGCGCAGUCGGAAGUUAUUGGCCACCAUAUUGAAGACGUCAUACAGAACUUCUGCCGAGAAUCCGACCUUGUCAAUGUGCUGGACAGGAAUAGGAAUAUGACCCUUUCGCCGGUCAACAAUGAGAACGACGAUUCAGCUUCAGAUACAGACGAAGAUUCGUGCGGGGCAUUCAACGGAAGCCAAAAAUCAGCGUGCAUGUCGUUAAACGUGCAACAAUCCUUAUUGUCAACUACACGAGAAAAGUCAUCGAGCGCUCUUUGUCUCGACAAAUCCUACAGCUUGGUCACCCACACGCCAACACCUACUCAGGAUAUGGUCUCGAGUUUGAGUACAACUGAACAGAGAAAUGACACGUCAGCCCUCCCUGACAUCACCUCUGGAAUGUCCGGAAUAUCUAUCGACGAAGAGAACUAUUGUCAGAGCAGCAUAUCAAAGUCAAGGUCAGAAAAUAUUCUGCGUUCUGAACAGAGUAACUCAAUAAAACAAACCCCAUCAAAACUAAUCGAAAAAUCUGACUCAAUUUACUAUACAUCGCAACAUUCUCAAGAGGUAACACCUACUGGCAGUUCGUCCAGACUAAGAUUAAACGAUCCAUCUUUGAAAUUAUCGUUUGAUGCCAACAAAUGUAAAAAUAUGAAAGCUAACCUCCAGGGGAAAGAUGAUAAAAGUAGUAUUUCAUUAGAUUUCUGUGAUUCCAACGAAACAAGUGCGGAUUUUCUUACGCCCAUAAAUGAAUUGCCUCCUUCGGGUUGUGAAAUUGAGGAUUUGCCGAAACACAAUGGUAACGACGAGAGUAUUGAUAGUUUGAGUAACGAUAUCGAUUUGGAAACUCAAACCGAAUCUGCACCAAGAAGGAUUUAUGAUGACGAUCCUCCCGAAACUCCAUGUGCAAACAAACGCUUACUGCGUGCACACGUGACAACUUCAACUCCACAAAAGAGCCGUAACAGCAAAUCCGAACAGUGUGAUAUCAACGACUGUGGAUACAAGAACGGCACCUACCGAGGCGUUGCGCUUCAUAAAGAUGGCACUGAGCUCAAUGUUGUUUACACUGUUUCGAGUAUGCAGCUCGGUACUGGACGCACAGUGCGUUGCGUGUGGCUCGGCAUACGCCGCGGUGCGCAACCCGACGCACAGCUUGACUUAGCGCCCAGACACACCACUACGGCCUCCAGCCUCGCAUCCACCGCUGACAACUCGCUAGUACUCGGCAACAAGUCUGUCAGCAGCAGACCGCAAUCCAUGUCUUUGAUGAGCCAGUGUGGUGAAGAACAGAUCGCAGGAGAGUAUAAUAAGCAUUACGUCACAUUAAAACAAAUUGGCAAAGGUGCAUACGGUUGCGUAAAGAUGGCAUACCGUCGUUCAGACCGUUUGCUGGCCGUAGCGAAGUUUAUUCUGAAAGAGAAAGUAGGCGCCGCGUUUUGGACCGAAGCCCCAGAUGGCCGCCGGCUACCCUUGGAACUAAGCUUGCUCAUGACCUUGGAACAUCCUAACAUAGUUAGGGUAAUUGACGUGUUCGAGAAUGAAAAAUACUUUCAAAUGGUAAUGGAAAAGCAUGGUGCUGGAAUGGACUUGUUCGAGUUUAUAGAGAGGCGUCCGCGGCUCGACGAACCUCUGCUUAGCUAUAUCUUUAGACAGAUAGGUCAAGCCGUGGAGUAUCUCCACUGUCAUAACAUCUUACAUCGAGAUAUAAAGGACGAGAACGUGAUAAUUGACAACAAAUUUCAUGUCAAAUUAAUCGAUUUCGGAUCUGCGACAUACAUGAGCAAGGAUACUUUGUUUUCCACCUUCUAUGGAACCACAGAGUACUGCAGUCCAGAGGUCUUAGCUGGCAACAAAUACGCGGGUCCCGAGCUAGAGAUGUGGUCGAUGGGGAUAACCUUGUACGUGCUGACGUUCCUCGUUAACCCCUUCUCCGACAUCGAAGAUAUCAUACAGGGGCCGCUUACACUGCCGCAGAUCGUGUCAGAAGAUUUAGAUCAACUUCUUCGUUGGAUGCUAUGCAAGGACCCAAUACACAGAUGCUCGGUUGCCCAACUGAUGGCACAUCCCUGGAUCAGGCAACCAGUGGCCAUCAACAAUUACGUAUUUCAGGACAUUGUGGAUUGCGAUCGCCACGAAGCUAACCCGGAAAUGUACUUCAGUGGGAGCUUAGGGUCUCCGAGAAGUGGUUCGCUCGUAUCUCUUGCGGAUCCGCUCGCUAAAGAACGUUCGAAUCCUUCGGAAUUAGUGGUACGCUCUGGCGAUAAGAACAUUUCGCGCGACGAGCCAAAACGCAGCUCCGUCGCUCUGCACGCACUAUCGGGCGAUCGGGACGCGCAUUCGGACAACUACAGCUUGCGCUCCUCGGCUGAUAUAUUAGAUAUAUCAUCAAAACCCGUAUCGGAGGCGGCAUUAACGGACAUAAGUUCGGAUGCAACGGGCCACGCCGCCUGCGAUAUCGAUUACGACUGCGAUCCGUACGAAUGCGAUAGCUGGGACGAGUGCGAGCAGGACAGCUUCUCGUAAACCGCUUGCGAAGAGCGAGACACGAUUAUAUAACGAUAUCCAUGCUUGUUGUAUUGCCUAUCAAUGACUUGUGAUAUAGUGCAUAGAGCGUUUAUUAUGUAUUUAUAAUAAUCAAAAGCGCUCGAUUAAGUUGAUCGCAGAUUGUCGUAAAGCUGCGGAAGCUAUUCGAACGCAUCGCAUUUUUUUAACCGAGUCUAUCUGAUGCGCCAAGGAAAUACGUAUUGCUUUAUAUUUGCGACUCUUGAAAUUAUUACGGCAAUGUGCGAUCUACUUUAUAUUUCGUCCAUUAUACUGUUUUUUAUUUGACACAUUGAUCUAUUUAUCAAAACUACGUCAUACGCUUUCAAUUAUUGAUGUCAAUCUAAUCUAUGCGAUCGAUUUGUGAACUACAUGUCUUUGAAAAUGUUACCAUCAAAAAUGUUCUCAAAGAUUAAUAUAAAGUUUCACAGUAUACAUUCCACCAAUCUUAUUAUUGAUGUGUUAAGAUGACUGACAAGAUAAAAGUUGUGCACUGUUUCCUUCAUAGUAAGGUUUAAGAAUACACCUCCAACAAUGAGUUUCAGAGAUGUAUGAUGUAGAUGAGAUGUAUGAUUCUAGACAUUUUUGUAGAUAUUUUACGCAAGUCAAGUAAUACGAUCUUCAUAAACGUAUGAUACGUUUAUUAAGUGUCAAAUAGAAGAUAAUGUACGUAGCCUAUGUAUCUUAAGUUAAACCCAUUUGCUAAAGGCACAUUAAGAAAUUUUGUUCCUAUUGCUCCACCCUUGAUACCAAGUUUUUGGGCAUAUUUUGCCGAAACUUUUAAAUUUACAUUAUUUAAAUUUAAUAUUAAUUCUGAUUAAGUUAUUUAAAUUUAAUAUAAAUGCGUAGGAGCGGUAUACAUCAAUUUUACACAAUUUAUUUCACAGUGUACCUUUAGCUUACGGAGGCUUUAUUGCUUUAUGUAUAAUAAAAUAAAUUAAAAUUAAUUGACCAAUUCUUUACAAUUAUCUAUAUAAGUAGUGAAUGGCUAUUUUAAAGUAUAUUUUCGAGGACGUAAGAACAUUUUCUGAAACGAAAAAUUAAUCUUCAAUAUUUGACAGAAAAUUAUUAGAAAACAAACUAUAAAAUGGUCAAGUUAAAGCUGGAAUUUGCUCGAUUACCUCAAAUAUUAAAUCAUGAGUUUUGACAUAUUUCUCUGUAAUUUCUUGAAAAACAAUUUCGUACAUAAGUAAGUAUUUCAUUAGUUUCACUAAUAAAUAUUGUGUACCUUUUGUGCAAUUUCCGACUAAUUAUAUUUUUAUUUGAAAGAUAACUAUAUCUCGCUGGUAAAAGUUAAUUAAGAUUGUUUUAUGUCUAGGUAGUUAAAUAAAAUCUUGGAAAAAGCUUGCCAACCAAGCAUAUUAUGGAAAAUGUUCUUACAUCUUUAAUACUACACAUGACAAUUCAGUAUUAGUAUUUGUAACUUUUUUAUUUAUUUCUGUAUCUUGAGAAAUGAUCUCAUUACAGCAUUUACUAGGAAUUGAUUCUACACCUUGCCUAACACAGCUUUUAGAUAUACAUACCAGUAGUAUAGCAUAGUAAUAAAUUAGUAAUCUUCGAAUAAACCUUUCCUACAACUUUUAUACCUUCACACAAACUCGGCUUAAAUAGCAUCGUCAAUCAAAUACAAUCUUCACAUACUUCUUUUCAUAAUGUAAACGAUAGAAGAAUUUUCAACUAAACAUUUUUACAAUAUAAAGUAUUAGAAACCUCUUUUCCUGCGAUCUCAGAUAAUAAGUUAACAUAAACUAUAAGUACUAAUCUAUGACAAUAGCAAUUUGAAAAUAUUACAAUAUUAUAAGCUGAUCUCUCUUUACACGUUUGUGUACGAAAUUAAUCUUUAGUUUACUAUUUAUAAGGGUUAUUUUCGCUUGAGAUACUGUCUACGUUUUUUAUACCAAUUGCUAAAGCGCCGGUCGCCGCAAUAGUGUCAACAUCAAGAAAUUGCACAAGGUUCUUCAAUUCGAUUUCCUUUGGAAAAUAAGUUGCAUGCGCGACCGACCCAUCGAUCACACAGACGCGAAUGCAAUUAUUUAAACGAGCUACUUUUAGUCGUGACGUAGCUCAACCGUUAGUAAUUAAAAUGACCAACAGUUCCGUUGCAUAAAUAUCUCGAUAGUAAAUUGACAGGUCUAUUGACAGCAAUGCUAUCCAUUCUUCUUGUUAACCGUUACCUAACUAUUGUGAUGACUACUCUAUAUAUGUAGUAUUAAACCAACACUAAUAGCCGUCAGAAACAGCACACAGAACUUUUUGUGCUCUCCAUUUGGUACCCCCUCACACACUCUAUACUUUUAAACAAUAAUUCAAUUCUUAAUUCACAUGUGACAUUAAGUAGAGUUCCUUGUGGAACUGUGCCUUUUAGUAUUAAAAUUUGCAUCAGCUCAAUCGUAGAGUCCUUUUUGAAUAUCGAAACACUAUAACGUCAAACUGAAACUGCCCUUAUACCAUUGGUUUAAGGCAAAUAAAGCAAAUUAGUGGAAACCUGAUUUUGAUUUUACAAACGUUUUCUCUAGAAGUGUGCGCGAAUUUAAGUUUUAGAACGAUGUAUACAAGUUCCAUUUUACUCUGCCGUUACAGGGAUUUGAAUUUCGAAAACUACUCUAAAUCGAUCGCGUAAAUCUUAAACUAAGGAUACUCGAAACUAUUAAGUACUAUAGACCUAUCAAUUUAGUUUAAAGCCAUUUAACAACCGAAUUAGAAAUAAUGUUUUGCGAGUCUAAAAGCUAAAUUCCACUUUUAAGCCGCAACUAAUUAGUAAUAAGCUUACAUUUGAUUCUUAGCAUUACCAUUGGUCGAUAGCCAACUUAUUCGAAGUGUGGGAAAUCUUAAAAAAACCUAUUCUAAUUUUUACCUUACAUCCCACCCUUUGCAGGACCGUUUUCAUUGAAGGCUAGGGUAAUCUUUCGGAAUGCGGGCGAUAACUAAAACGUAUUUUAAUAUUAAAUGGCAUGCUGGUGUUAAUACACUUGCAGUGCAGUAAGCAACUAAUUUACUAGGCAUUAGCCCACUUGCAGAAUUGAUAUGCUUGGUUCAAUCUAUCUAGGCUAUCGAUCAAAGAAAAUGCGUUGCUUCGGUCUAUUCUGACAUAUCAGGCUCAGUUUUUCUCCGUUAGUAUUUUAUAAGUCACAAUAAAUAUAUAGUUUGCAUGUGGCAAGACACACUUGUAUUAGUGCUAAUUCUGUUGUACACAGAUCUACUAAAAGUAGGGAUAUCACUUUGAAAAUGCUCCCCUUAGUAAAGUAUAGCCCUAUCUUAGAACUCUCAAUUUAGUGUACUUAAUGGAUUUGUGUAAAACAGAAAUGGCACCAAGAUCAGUUGGGCCUAUCUGAACUUUCAAUAUUCCGGAGCAUGCCAUAUACGACAUUGUGUAAACUCUAUAGACUUGAGAUGACAAUUUCCGAGUUAUGAUUGAACAUAGAUAACUAACGGAUUUAACAUUUUCAUCUCGCGCUAUCCUUAAAUGACCUGAAUCUUAUAUGUUGGUAUAAACCACAAAUCUUAAGAAAUUAACUGAUGACAUUUUAAAAUUUUGUACGUAAUAAGUAUUAAGUAACUAUUAAAAGGAAUUUCCAAAGAUCUAUAGUCUAUACCUAUUUUACAGGAUGAUUGCUAUAGAUUUGCAAUUUAUGUGGGUAAUAUUAUUAUUAAAUCGUACAUAGGAAGUAGUAAUGUUUAAUAUUAAGAACACCUUUAUUCUUAUGAUUAAUAUCUAGAAGUUCACGCAUUAGGGCAAUACUUGUGCAAAGUCGGUUGUGCAUAAAAACUUAGCAUAUUCUCACUCCGAACAGCGCAGCAGUGGAAUAGGCCAAUUAGAUUAUGGAAAGAUGGCGUGAUAAUAUUAUCACUAUGUUUCUGUAAUCCGAUUCUACUCCCGUAAAAAGCGUAAAGGCUUUUUUGAAUUUUACACACAUGGUUACUUUGGCCUAAUGCAAUACAGUUUGCUAACCAAGGCCGUAAACAGCUGGGGAGUUUUGAGGAUUCGAACCUUCCCCGAAAUUCCUUUGAUCAACGCAUUGUUUAAUUUGUAGACACACACGUAAUUAUUUCAGACUCUUUUUUUGGAUCUGUCUGAGUUUCCUCAUUGGUUGCCACGAUUUUCGACUCGAAGAGAAUAGAAUUUUCUUUAAAUAUUGGCUGAAAUAUAUUUUGCUCGUUACUUAUUUUCCCUGAUCCAUUGGGGCCCCAGAAUCUUUCUGGCUACAGCCUUGACGCUAACAUGUGUACUAAACUAUUGGUAGGACUAAGAACAUACCGUCCUUUUCUUUAACAAACAUUUCGAAAAGAACGGCACUACCUUUUAGUCCUGUCAUGAACUGAGGUUUUGUUCACAGCCGAAUUAGCACCUGUAAUGUUUUCUUACACAAUAAUAGAUUUCUAGUAAAGUCUAAAAAGAACCAAAUAUAAAUUUUAGAGUAGAAAAUAAACAUUGUAAAUAUCAUUGAAAUUUAAUGUAAUGUAAAACAUAUCUGUCUUCGUUUAAUCUUUAUAGGAUUCCACAUUUAAAUAAUUAAAAUCUGCAAGAUUAAUCUGUGAUGUUACCAAGUGUAAAGUUGACUCGGGUUGACUGUUUGUCUCUUAAUGAAGACAUUCAUUUAUUAGAUUUGCUCGAUUUUUGAAGAUCGUUAUAAGCGUUCAGUCCAAAUUCAAAUUUCAUUUAUUUCAAGUAGGCCUAAAUUAUUAAUCACUUUGGGAACGUCAAGUAUAGUAAGCUUGUAGUGACGUCGCGUUUAAAAUUGAAUGUACCACUAUGGUUGCGGAAAGCAUAGUGCUAGAGAUAAUAUUGUCGCUCGUUAAUCAUCACCUAAAAAAUCUAGCAAAUCUUGCAACUUGAAAUCAAAUAAUUGCUAUAAAAUAUAAAUUACGAUCACCAAAAUUCGUGUGAUAGGGGAGGUUGAUAUGUAUUUUUGUUGUAACUUCGACCUCCUCAUAAAGCUGAAGGAAAGAUUCCUUAAAACCGUACUGGGCUCCUUCCUUUAUUAAUCUAAAUAUUAUUUUUAGUUUAAACCUACAGAAAAAUUGUAAAAAAAAAGUAAAAGCAUUGAAAAUGAUUAGAGAUUAAAAAAAGCCAAAACUGCUUUACACUUAAUGUUAAUCUUGUGCAGUAUUUAAUAUUUAUGGUAUUAGAAUAAUAUUUGUAAUUGUAUUGCGUAGCCUGAACCAAGAGCUGAUGAAAAGAUAUUUCUUACCAUUUGCCAAUUUCGCAAAAUAAGUCUUCGGGAAAAAAAAUUAUUUAUUAAUUUAUCAUAAAGUAGACCAAACAUUUAUUUUUUGUUCAAUUCAAAUUGCUUAUUAGACAUAGAGAACCGUGUCGUAAUUACAGCUAACUGCACGAGCGCACGUACACAAUUCUCAUUAUCUGUUUCGAGUAAUGGACACACUAUGACGAGACUUAAAUGGUUUUCUUUAUUUUGAAGCUUUAGGUUGUGGACCCAUUAGGCUGAUAGUUUGCUUGAGUUAUGUUUUAUUUUAUAUGUCGCGCUAUAAACAGCUUAUUUCGCUGAUUGUGGCCUUUUGCGUGCCGCUCAUUCCGUCAGCAGACAAUUCGCAUUACAAUUGGCAGCAAUAUAGUAUUGGCGAAUCAAAUCUAUGGGCGGCAGUCGUAUCCAAUUUGCAGCUCUAGACUCUGCUAGCCGACAGUCAGCUGCCAAACUAUUUGAUGGAUCCGCAGCCUUAGUUUGUCUUUACUUAACGUCCCGCGCUCCUAGCGGAACUUUUGGGUACUCAAAAUUAAUACGACCUUAAGUCGAGGGACAUUUGGUGCAGUUUACAUUGUUUUAUAAUGUCUUGACACUCGGAAGACCACUUCGAUUGUUCAAAUCUCGAAAGUAUUCAAUGAGUGGGUGUCACAUACAUCAUAAAGCUGCAUCUUCACGAGGGGCUUAUAUCGCGUUAAAUAGUCAAAUAAUGGUUUCAUCUAAAGGGCAUAUUGCAGAUGUGGUUAUUUUUUUGCAUCAGCCCUAAAAACAGAGUUGGCGCAUGACGCUCCUUAUUCUUUGUCUGCUCUUGGUUGAGCACUGGAAAUAUAGAAUUAUAUUUUUGUAGUGAUCGAUUAUGAUUUUUAUGUAGUAAUUAUUUUAUUGUCCGACGCGUCCGUUUAUCAACUAGUGCCUUACGGCGGACGGCGGGUUACGUUGCUCGUAUACGACGUACUUAUGACCAUUCAUCGUAAUAAAGUAAUUAAAAACA